CGCUGCGACUUCCGAUUCUUCCCAUCCCGAUAAAAAGUCAUCUCGUCGUCGACGACGACUUCGUCUUCUGCUGCAAAGAGAUCCAAUUCUUGGAAUCGGGAGAGGGGAGAAAGAGGAGAUCGGAGCUGCGUGUGAUUGAUUGAUUGACAGAGUGAGGAUGGCGGCGUAUAGGACGAUCGAGAUGACGCUGAUCUCGGCCAAGGACCUCAACGAUGUCAACGUCUUCUCCAAGAUGGACGUCUACGCCGUCGUCUCCAUCGCGGGCGAUCCUCGGUCCAGCCAGCGUACUCCGACAGAUAAGAACGGCGGCAAGAGCCCCUCUUGGAACGCCACCCUCCGCUUCUACGUCCCCGUUGAUCCCGCCGCAGCCGGGCGCCUCGUCCUCCACGUCCUCCUCCGUGCCGAGCGCACUCUCGGCGAUCGAGACGUUGGGGAGGUGCAGAUCCCCCUCAAGGAGCUCCUUGUGGACGGCGGAGGCAAGCCCUCGUCCGGCCCCCAGUUCGUCAGCUACCAGGUCCGCAAGACCGGGUCCGGCAAGCCCAAGGGCGUCCUCAACCUCUCCUACAAGUUCCUCGACGCCCCUGCCGCCGCGGCCGACCACGCGCCGCCGCCCCCCGUCGCGUAUCCUGCCGCGGCACCUCCCCCCGCAGGUUAUCCCGCUCCGGGGACGGAUUCCAAGCCCGCCUUCGCGUACCCUGCCGCAGCACCUCCUCCGCCCGCAGGUUACCCCGCUCCGGGGACGGAUUCCAAGCCCGCCUUCGCGUACCCUGCCGCAGCACCUCCUCCGCCCGCAGGCUACCCCGCUCCGGGGACGGAUUCCAAGCCCGCCAACCCCGUAACGGUGAACCCGGCCCCAGGGAGCAGCGGCCCGGCGUAUCCUCCGCCGGGGAAGGACUUCAAGACCGGUGAGCCCGCAACCGCCUACCCGCCGCCGGGCCCAUCUGAGCCCUACCCACAUGCCUACCCACCGCCGCCGCAGUACGGGUACGCGGCGCCACCGGCCGGGUACGGGUACCCGCCUCCGCCCCAGCAGUACGGCUACGCUCCUCCUCCGUCAGGGUACGGGUACCCACCGCCGCAGGCGGGGUACGGAUACGGGGCGGCGCAGCCGCCGAAGAAGAACAAGUUCGGGGCGGGGAUGGGGGCGGGGCUUGGCGCGGGGCUCCUGGGCGGCGCCAUCGGCGGCCUCCUCAUCGGGGAUAUGGUGUCGGACGCGGGUUCUUAUGACGCGGGAUACGACGCCGGCUUCGACGAUGCCGGCGGUUUCGACUUCUAAGCCAUCUGUUACGUCCUCCAUGCGGUUUUCGUUUUUCUGUUUUUUGUUUUUGUGUUUUUAGGCCCCUCCUGCUUUUAGCGUGUUAGGCAGAAGUCUCGCUUACCGUCGUUGCCGUGUAGUAUGGUAAUAAAUAUGCGGUUUCUGUUAA